AUUGGCAAGUACCGAAGAAGCGUCAGUGACCUGUGAAUAAGAAUUUAACAUUCUGCUUACACGUGAGUUUAAGAAAGAAGUCCGAAAUGGUGGGACUAACACAUUAACAUCAGAAUCGGAUUCAUAUGUGAAUUUUGUUAGAUGUGUUCGUAAUUUAGCCCGUUAGCCGUUAUUCAAUAGAAUUUUGUAUUUCGACAUAGUGCGAUCGUUGUUGAUGAUGCCCAAGUGGAAUUUUGUUCAAAUCUACAAAUGUCUUUCAUAAGAACGCGUGGUGAUGUGCUCUGUGAGUUUUAACAUUUAAACUGGUAUUCAAAUGAUUAAACUUCGACAUAUCGUGUGAUAUAAUAAAUUAGGUGACAUUUUUGGAUACAGGAUACAAGGUUUUUUAGCAGCAUGUCUUCAAAUCGAAAAGUAGUGUUUGUGACCGGCGGUGCCGGAUACAUCGGAAGUCACUGCGUCGUAGCCUUGCAAGAGGCGGGCUACGACGUUAUUGCGGCGGACAAUUUCGCUAACAGCGUCGAUGACGAAUUCGGGGGUGCUAGCGCUCUCAAGAGGGUUGAACAGAUAACAGGAAGAAAGGUUCCUUUCUACCGUUGUGAUAUGUUAGACCGUGACAGUAUAGACAAGAUUUUUAAAGAGAAUCAUAUAGAUUGCGUUAUCCACUUUGCGGCAAUGAAAGCUGUUGGAGAGUCUAUGAAGUUACCAUUGCUGUAUUAUAAGAAUAACUUAGUGGGAAUGAUUAAUCUCUUAGAGGUAAUGGAAUCCCAUGAAUGUUAUCAGUUGGUAUUUUCGAGUUCAUGUACAGUUUAUGGAGAACCAGAAACGUUGCCAAUUACCGAAAAUCAUGAAACUGGAAAGGUUACUAAUGUAUACGGAAGAACAAAGUAUUUUAUUGAGGAGAUGUUGAAAGACAUCAGCUUAGCUGAUCAGAAAUGGAAUAUAAUUGCUUUGCGUUAUUUCAAUCCUGUCGGUGCACAUUCUUCUGGUUUGAUUGGAGAAGAUCCUACAAAAGCUUUCACAAAUCUAAUGCCUUAUAUUGCUCAAGUGGCCAUUGGAAAAAAGAAAGAACUAACCAUUUUUGGUGGAGAUUACGAAACUAAAGAUGGCACAGGUAUAAGAGAUUAUAUACAUGUUAUGGAUUUGGCAGUAGGUCACGUUGCUGCUCUAUCUAAACUCAAUAAUAAUCACUUAAGACUCAAGUUUUACAACUUGGGGACCGGCAAAGGGGUCUCAGUACUGGAAUUAGUUAAAACUUUUGAACGUGUCACUGGAACUACUGUCCCUUAUGUGAUAACAGAUAGGCGAGAAGGAGACAUUACUUCUAUGUUUGCUGAUCCAGAAAUGGCCCAUAAGGAAUUGGGUUGGAAAACCCAAUACAGCCUAGAAGAAAUGUGUACUGACUUUUGGCGAUGGCAAACUAAGAACCCUGAUGGAUACAGAGGAGGUGCCAUUAAUGGUCAUAAAUAA